AUGCAUCGAGAAACGUCGGGAACAUUGGAAGAUAAGACGGCGUGAGUUUCAUUAGGUCGCUCGCACAGAACGAGAAAAGGGGGAAUCGAGCAUCUCAGAAGAAGAAAAUUUCCUGUGCCACGUCGGCCAUCAUACAGGUAUAUCUCCUUCAAGAUUCCUUGCACCGAAGCACCGCCGCGAGCAAAACCGAUCCAAUGCAAAAUGCGAAAGAAGACACCCCAGUAGAACAUAUGGUCGGGAAGAAAGUACCAGAUCAAUGA